CUGUACCCCGACCGACUCACUUCCGGUUCGACUUGCCUGUAACUCUUUCCUCCCCGCAGCGCUGCUUACAGGGGCGGCAGUGCGGGUGUCUGCGCUGUCAUUGGUGGAGACGCGUCGUCACUGUGUCUCCGUCGGUCUGUGAGUGGUGGUGCAGGCUGUCAGUCAGUGUUCAACUGCUGCCGAGACUCCAGAGAGAGGGAGAUGUCAGAGGCUGAGCCGCUUCCUCCCUUCAGUAGCUCUAGUGGGGUUCAGCAGCCAGCAUGGCCACAGCUGCCUCCAGCCCCUACACCUUGCUCAGCUCCAGUCCCAUGAUCCACCCGGACAGCCAGGCCAUGCAGCCUGCGAGCCCCUACAGAGGACACCAGAAACUCCUCCAGAGCGACUACCUGCAGAGCGUCCAGAGCAACGGGCACUCGCUCGGGCACCAGUGGGCGAGUAGCCUGUCGGAGGGCAGCCCCUGGUCGGCCUCUAUGGAGCAGCAGGACGUAAAGCCAGGGCGGGAGGACCUGCAGCUCGGCAUCAUCCAUCACCGAUCCCCGCAUGUAGCGCAUCACUCCCCGCAUCACAACAACCAUGGCAACCACCCGGGAGCGUGGGGAACCCCGGUGUCCCACAACUCCUCCAUCAGCGGCGGGCAGCAGAUCAACAUCUACUCCCAGGCGGGCUUCACUGUCAACGGCAUGCUGGACCACGGUGGACUCACGCCUCCAUCCAACCCGCAGGGCCAAGGCAUGCACCCGGGCCUCAGGGACACACUCAGCCCCGAGCACAGCGACCUCGGCGGACACCACUGCCACGACCACUCAGACGAGGAGACGCCGACCUCGGACGAGCUGGAGCACUUUGCCAAGCAGUUCAAGCAGAGGAGGAUCAAGCUGGGUUUUACGCAGGCCGACGUGGGGUUGGCUCUGGGCACACUGUACGGUAACGUCUUUUCCCAAACCACCAUCUGCAGGUUUGAGGCUCUGCAGCUGAGCUUUAAAAACAUGUGUAAACUAAAGCCGCUGCUGAACAAGUGGCUGGAGGAGGCAGACUCAUCCACGGGCAGCUCGAGCAGUAUAGACAAGAUAGCAGCUCAGGGGAGGAAGAGGAAGAAGAGGACGUCCAUCGAGGUGAGCGUGAAGGGGGUCCUGGAGACGCACUUCCUUAAGUGUCCCAAACCGGCCGCGCAGGAGAUCACGUCACUGGCGGACUCGCUGCAGCUGGAGAAGGAGGUGGUGCGCGUGUGGUUCUGCAACCGGAGGCAGAAGGAGAAGCGCAUGACGCCGCCGGGGGAGCCGCCGCCGCACGAGGGACCGUAUUCUCACAGCGGGAGCGCGGGAGACGCAUCGUCGUGUCACGAUCUCUGACCCCCUCCAUCCCACGGCACAGACUCGCGAGCGCACUCAGGGGCAGCUAGGCGCGCGGCGGCACCGUCCAGUCGCCGCGCGUGUCCCGGUACAGACUCGUCCAGAUGCCUCCAGCACUGAAAACACGACAAUAACAAGAACAGAGAAACCCCUUCAGCCUUCGUCAUUUUUCUAACUGUCAUGAGGGCAUUAUUCUAUAUAGCUGCAUAUCAAACGUCACACUUCUCAUCACACUUUUUUUGUAUUGUUUUUCUUUUUUUUUUUUUUUUUGGAGCUCGCCAAAUAAUUUUCUACAUCACGGAUACAAAAACAAAAAUGUGCCUAUAAUAAUAACCUGCCAGCGCCUUUGGUUUGUGUCACCAUUUCCCAUCAGCUCGAUGACAAUAAUGACAGUGCGGGACUGAUGUGAUGAUCUGUGUUGGCUUCUCUCUCCUCUUCCAUAUGAUCAGUGGAGUGAAACUGAUAAUAAUAUCACUUUUCUUAAUUGAUUUGUUGCUGCACCGGAGGCCAUUUUACAGUCCACCUCACGCUUCCCACGGGCUUUAGUUCUCAGCGUAUUUACAGUCAUUCUUUUCUAACAUACUCGCAGCUGAUUUGUUAUUAUUAUCAUCAUUAUUAGUAUUAUUAUUAUUGUUAUUAUUAUUAUUAUUAUUAUUAUUCUCAUUAUUAUUAUUGUGGUUAUUAUUAUUAUUAUUAUUAUUAUUAUUAUUAUUAUUAUUGCAUAUGCAAAUAUAGGCCCUGAUUCCAGUUGUAGUUAUUGCUGCCAACAUAAUAGCACUUGGAGGUUUUGUUUGUUUGUUUUUAAUUCAUUUCCUCCCUUAUGGCCUGUAGCACACACACACACACACACACACACACACACACACACACACACACACUUAGAGCUAUUUAUAAAUCCAUUUAUUUGUUUUCAAUCACCUUCGACCAUAUAAACUGUGUGGACUCUGAACCAGAGCCGAGAGUAAACAGAGGGGUUGACUGACGCUAUACACCUGCCUAUAAUUUUAUUGUACGUUCAGUAUCAACAAAUUUUAUAAUCUUAAAAUACUCCUGUUAUUUGGUUUAUUUCCGAAGUAUUUUUUCGAAUAUUGUACAGUUUUAUAUAUUACCCUUUUUGGAGUCAUUAAUUUAAACAAAUGCUCUUAGUUAUUCAUGCACUUAAUUAGCAAUGUAAAAAAAACAAAAACACAAACGAUAUUUUCAGUAAGAUUGAACUGUUUCGGCGGUUUUAUUCCAAAUUUCGAUGACUGCUCAAGUGAUUAUUUAUUUUCAGUAUAAAGCUUGUAUUAUGUUUUUUGAAAUAAACUAUGUAUGUUGUAAUAAACAAUUUC